AUGACUGAUGUCACAAUUGUGGAAAAGAUAUUGCGCUCCCUAACGCUGAAGUAUGACUAUGUCGUUUGCUCCAUUGAGGAGUCAAAAAAUAUAGAUAAGUUAUCGCUUGACGAAUUUCAAAGUUCUUUAUUGGUACAUAAGCAAAAGAUGAACCGUAGUUCAUCUUCUGAAGAGCAGGCUUUGAAGUCUGAAUGUUAUGCUAGGCUGCCUAAUGACAAGUAUAAGAAGUCAAAUUUUGUUCAAAGUAACGAAGUUGAGACAUUGUUGAUGGCAGUCCAAGUAGAGAAGGAACUUGAACAAAACGUUUGUUUUGGUGAUUCUUCCACUGUGAGUGCAAUUGGAAAGGAUGAUAUUAAGAUUAGAACCAAGAAUGGUUUUGAAGAAACGAUCUCAAAUGUGCUAUAUGUUACUACUUUGAAAAGCAAUCUGCUAAGUGUUGUUCUCGCUGAAAAUAGAGAAUAUUCACCGUUGUUUGAAAGCAGAAAUAAGAGAUCUGUCAUGGUUGUGGCAUUUUAG